UCCCGGCUGAUGACGGGAUUACGUUGGACGAAUAUUUGAGCCUAGUAUUCUCUGUUCAGUGUGUUGGGUGGUGGUGGGUCUGCUAGAAAUAGCUCGGAAGCUGCCUUCUACCUCUGACAUCUCAUUUCAGGAACCUGGCAUCAUCAAGGACAGUUACCUGCUUUGCAACGGAGGUGAAUUAUAUUUUUACAUACUACACGUUGCAUACUACGGAUGGGAACUAUUAAAGGUUAUAAUGUCAAAAACUUUUCUUAAACCAAAGGUGUCUUCCACAAAGGUAACAAACUGGGUAGACCCAUCAUUUGAUGAUUUUUCAGAGACUACAAGCAUCUCUGCUAUUACUGCCACAUCAUUAUGUGAGAAUAAUUCAAGUCACAAAAGAAAAAAUGUACCUUUCCCAUUAGAAAGUAGCAGAUUUCCAGCUGGAAAAAAAGGAAAGCUAUCUUCCGUGGAACAGAUAUACAGUUUAGAAAAUUCAAAAGAAUAUCUGUCUGAAAAUGAACCAUGGGUGGAUAAAUAUAAACCAGAAACUCAGCAUGAACUCGCUGUGCAUAAAAAGAAAAUUGAAGAAGUUGAAACCUGGUUAAAAGCUCAAGUUUUAGAAAGGCAAACAAAACAAGGUGGAUCUAUUUUAUUAAUAACUGGUCCUCCUGGAUGUGGAAAGACAACUACUGUAAAAAUACUAUCAAAGGAGCAUGGUAUUCAAGUACAAGAGUGGAUUAAUCCAGUUUUACCAGAUUUCCAAAAAGACGAUUUCAAGGAGAUGUUUAAUCCUGAAUCAAGCUUCCAUGCAUUUCCCUAUCAGUCUCAGAUAGCAGUUUUCAAAGAGUUUCUAUUAAGAGCAACAAAGUAUAAUAAGCUACAGAUGCUUGGAGAUGAUCUAAGAACUGAUAAGAAGAUAAUUCUGGUUGAAGAUUUACCUAACCAGUUUUAUCGAGAUUCUUGUAUUUUACAUGAAGUUCUAAGGAAGUACGUGCAGAUUGGCCGAUGUCCUCUUAUAUUUAUAAUCUCUGACAGUCUCAGUGGAGAUAAUAAUCAAAGAUUAUUAUUUCCCAAAGAAAUUCAAGAAGAGUGCUCUAUCUCAAAUAUUAGUUUCAACCCUGUUGCACCAACAAUUAUGAUGAAAUUUCUUAAUCGAAUAGUGACUAUAGAAGCUAACAAGCAGAGAGGAGAGAACAAUUUAUGGCCGAAGAAAAAAGGAGUAUCAUUCAAAUCAGAUGCUGCACUGUCAAAAUCAAAACGAAGAAAAAAACCUGAUACGGUUUUUGAAAAUCAAGAAGUCCAAGCUAUUGGUGGCAAAGACGUUUCUCUGUUUCUCUUCAGAGCUUUGGGGAAAAUUCUAUAUUGUAAAAGAGCAUCUUUAACAGAAUUAGGCUCACCUCAGCUGCCUUCUCAUUUAUCCGAAUAUGAACGGGAUACUUUACUUAUUCAACCUGAGGAAGUAGUAGAAAUGUCACACAUGCCAGGAGAGUUAUUUAAUUUAUAUCUUCACCAAAACUACGUAGAUUUCUUCAUGGACAUAGAUGAUAUUGUGAGAGCCAGUGAAUUUCUAAGUUUUGCAGAUACCCUCAGUGGUGAAUGGAAUACACGCUCUUUACUCAGGGAAUAUAGUACAUCUAUAGCUACAAGAGGUGUGAUACAUUCCAACAAAGCCCGAGGAUUUGCUCAUUGCCAAGUUGGAGGAUCUAGUUUUCGACCUUUGCACAAACCCCAGUGGUUUCUAAUAAAUAAAAAGUAUCGGGAAAAUUGCUUGGCAGCAAAAGCACUUUUUUCUGACUUCUGCCUACCAACGUUAUGCCUUCAAACUCAGCUAUUACCUUACCUUGCAAUGCUAACCAUUCCAAUGAGAAAUCAAGCUCAGAUUUCUUUUAUUCAAGAUAUUGGCAGACUUCCUUUGAAGCGACACUUUGGAAGAUUGAAAAUGGAAGCAUUGACCGACAGGGAACAUGGAACGAUAGAAACUGACAGUGGAGACGAAGGACUUGAUGGAGGACAAGGUGCAGAGGAGGCUCGGGGUGAACCCACUCAAACCUCUGAAUCUGAAACCUGCUGUCUUCCUUUGAGUCAGAACAGUGGGAGCGAACUGCCUGCCAGCCAGCCUCAGCCCUUCUCAUCCCAAGGAGACAUAGAGGAAGAAGACAUAAUAAUAGAGGACUAUGAGAGUGAUGGGACAUAACUAGCCUGUUAGGCGGUUUGCUACUUCAAGAUUCAAUUUAGUUUUAUUCAGUGGUACUUGAACAGAGUUAAUGUACUUAUCUGAGUUACAGCGUGUUCACUCUUCACUCUUAAUAUUUCAUCUUGAAGUAAAUAGAUGAUCAAGCAAGCCUUCAAGUAAUCUAUAGUAUUUAUUUAUUUUGUGACUGGUUUAAGGAGAGGUCAGAGUAUAUGAAGUGUGUUUGAACAUUAUACCAAAUACCAGAAAAUGUGAAGGACUAAUCCAGAAUCCAAAAUCUUUAUUGGGGAAGGGGGUUGUAAAUAUGAAUUAUAAAACCGUUUAAGAUGCAAUUAUGAGUGUAAAUAAACUUUGUGCCUUA